UAUAUUUAAAUCUUUCUUUAUUUUCAUUUUUAGCAUUAAAAUAUGUUGAAAAGUUUGAAUAUUUUCAACUAUAGAAAUCUUUAUAGUGUUUCUAAGCGGACACAUGCUUGGGUAGCGAUGAAGCAAUCGAAAAAAAAGCCUGUCGCUACCGACAAAGAACAAAUUUCGGAAUUAAAACCUUGGCCGAGUUAUAUUCAGGAUCGUAUUGAAUUAUGGAAUAAACUGAAAGCAGAAUAUGAAGCAUCAUUAGAUGCAAAGACAGUUAAUGAUAUAACAAUAACUCUUCCUGAUGGAAAGCAAGUUGUAGCCCAAUCUUGGCGCACAACACCAUAUGAAAUUGCAAAAAACAUCAGUCAAGGCUUAGCAGAUAACACCGUCAUUGCAAAAGUUAAUAAUGAAUUAUGGGAUCUUGACAGACCUUUGGAAUCUGAUUGUAAACUUGAACUUCUUAAAUUUAACGAUCCAGAGGCUCAACAAGUCUUUUGGCAUUCCAGUGCUCAUAUUCUGGGUGAAUCCAUGGAAAGAGUAUAUGGUGGUUGUUUAUGCUAUGGUCCACCAAUAGAAAAUGGAUUUUACUACGAUAUGUAUCUGGGUGACAAAGGAAUUUCAAACCUACAUUUUCCAUGUUUAGAAAGUCUUUAUAAGAAUAUAGUUAAAGAGAAACAACCCUUUGAAAGAUUAGAAAUGACAAAAGAAGAUCUCUUGGAGAUGUUCAAAUACAAUGAAUUUAAACUUCGAAUUAUUAAUGAGAAAAUACAUACACCUACUACUACAGUGUACAGGUGUGGUCCCUUAAUAGAUUUAUGCAGGGGACCACACAUUAGACACACUGGAAAAGUUAAAGCCAUUAAAAUCACCAAAAAUUCGUCCACUUAUUGGGAGGGAAAUGCUAAUGCAGAAACUUUACAGAGAGUUUAUGGUAUCAGUUUUCCAGAUACUAAACAAUUAAAGGAGUGGGAGAAAUUUCAAGAAGAAGCUGCUAAACGAGAUCACAGAAAGAUUGGAAAGGAACAAGAAUUAUUUUUCUUUCACGAACUUUCUCCAGGAUCGUGUUUCUUUCAACCACGUGGAGCCUAUAUUUAUAACACUUUGAUUGAAUUUAUUCGUUCUGAAUACAGAAAGAGAGGUUUUCAAGAAGUAGUUACACCUAAUAUUUAUAAUAGCAAAUUAUGGCAAACGUCUGGUCAUUGGAUGCAUUAUUCAGAAAAUAUGUUUUCCUUUGACGUUGAAAAGGAAACGUUUGCGCUUAAACCAAUGAACUGUCCUGGUCAUUGCAUGAUUUUCGACGUUCGUAAUCGCUCUUGGCGUGAAUUGCCGUUAAGAAUGGCAGAUUUUGGAGUAUUGCACCGAAACGAAUUAUCUGGUGCGUUAACUGGACUUACCAGGGUAAGACGUUUCCAGCAAGACGAUGCACAUAUAUUCUGUUCAGCUGAUCAAAUUAAAGAUGAAGUGCUUGGCGCUCUCGACUUCUUGCGACAUGUUUACUCUGUAUUCGGUUUCACAUUUAAUUUAUGUUUAUCUACGAGGCCUGACAAAUAUCUAGGAGAUUUAGCCAUGUGGGAUCAGGCUGAAAAGGCGUUGCAAGAAAGUUUGGAAUUAUUUGGAGAACCAUGGAAAUUCAAUCCAGGAGAUGGUGCAUUCUACGGUCCAAAAAUUGAUAUAACAAUUAUGGAUGCACUGAAAAGAGCACAUCAAUGUGCUACUAUUCAAUUGGAUUUCCAAUUGCCAAUUAGAUUUAAUUUAUCUUACAUAAAUGAAGCUGGAGAAAAAACAAGGCCAGUAAUCAUUCACAGAGCCAUUCUAGGUUCUGUUGAAAGAAUGAUUGCAAUUUUGACUGAAUCUUAUGCCGGAAAAUGGCCUUUCUGGUUAUCUCCGCGGCAAGCAAUGGUCAUUCCAGUUAGUUCUCAAUUUGACGAAUAUGCUGCCGAAGUGAAAGAGAAACUUUGGAACGCUGGAUUCAUGGCAGAAAUUGAUACGGAUGCAAGCGAUACGUUGAAUAAGAAAAUACGAAACGCUCAGCUUGCACAAUUCAAUUUUAUUCUUGUUGUUGGGGAAAAGGAACUGAAAGCUGGCACAGUAAACGUACGAACCAGAGAUAACGUGGUGCAUGGAGAAGUUGCUGUGCAACAAUUAAUUGAAGAAUUCAAAGGAUACAAAGAAAAGAAAGAUAAUAAUUGCUAAAGAGAAAGUUUAAGUAAAAUAUUUAUUUGUAGGUUUAAUCCUGAUGUUAUAAUAUAGCUACUGCGGUAUAAAUCAAUAGAUUUACAUGUCACUUUUCGAAUGCAUGAGGGCAAUUAUUCUUUUAUUGUAAGGAAAUAUCACGAUUUCUGUAUAAAUCAUGUAAAAGCAUAGGGUAGAUAUUUUAUACUUGAUCAGUUUUGUUGCGGAAGAUUCAUUUGUAGCAUUUUACUAUUUCAAAGUAAAAAUAGAAAUACAGGAAUCUAUACGUAUUUUCAUUUUCAGUUGGCGGUUAAUGCAUUUAUACUUGUAAGAUAAUAAAUUAUUUCAUCACCAGAAA